GAGGCAGUUACUAUGAUCCGCCUACAGCCUGGUGAUAAAUAAAAGCGGCGCAGAGUGAGUGAUAAGAGCGGGGAGCUGGUGUGAAUCACCUGCGAGUCGUGUCCCGGGAACCCCAUGUGGACAAGUGUGGACUAUCACUCACUCCUACAUAGUCUUGAGUGACGGUUGACAUCUGCAAGCGGCUCAGACGGCUGCUGACCAAGGCGUUCUUCUUAGCUGAGUACCUCUUACACCCCGCAACGGAAAUCUACCUGCUGGUGACUCCCCCAAGACAGCAUCAAUGGAACUCCCCUAUAUGAAAAAAAUGUCCCUUGAGUACAGACGGGUUAUGACAUGAGAGCCACUCUCUCGCGAUUUUUAUUGUGAACGGAUCUUUGGUUGGUGGUCGUGUGGUUUGUGAGAAAGAUGUCGACCUGUGACGGGUCCAGUCAAAAUAUAACGCCCGGUAAAGCAGCAUUUCCAGGCGCCGGUUGUGUAACGGCCUCCCGGGAGGAUGUGAGAAACUUGGGGGUCUUUUACAUAGAUACACGUCCAACGGCGUUGCCUGGCGACCAAUCAGCCGCCUUCACCGCUGUCAACCAAUCAGCAGCCUUCACCGAGACUACGUCAGAAUCAGACGGUCGAACGCGCCCGGGAGACGCCGUCCCGCGCUUUUCUCCUUCGGGGGAUUGUGACAAAAGCAAAAACAUCACGACUUCGGGAAACACAAGGCCCGGUGAGAAAGGCCACGGCCACAAUGGGAUUACCGGGAUUUCUGAAGCGGAAAGUGCGAGCUUAUCGCAAGGUGGGAAUGGAGGGAAAAAAUCCCUGAGUGAAAAUUCAAACGCCGUUUUGACAAACGGUAACUCUGAAGGACACUGUGUGGCCCCGUUGGAUACGGCGGGAAACUGCGAUUCUGCGCCAAAAAGCCCUCCCCGCCAGGCCUCAAGCCUGAUUUACGUCGAGCCAAACACCGAAAGCCAUUCUAGUGAGACCGGGGGAGGUUGUGAGGCCGGCGGGGAGACAGAGACAUCGGAACAGUACGUCAACUCUGACGUCAACCUCAACUCCCCUCAUCUUCACCACGGCUGCAAUCAGGCCGUGACAAACUUCUACCAUAGCAACGGUUCCCAUGACAACGUUACCGGGUUGGCAACCAGCCCUCGGGGCUCGGUAAGAGACAGGAGACAGGCGUACAAGUUACAAGGCAGAUCGAGCCCGAGUCCGACCGCUGAUAUCGAGGCCGCGGCUGGGCACGGCUCUCUCCGGGACAGCAGUGAGGUUGGACCCGAGGAGAGCUCUGACCCAUCUCGGAUGAAACAGGAGACUAAAACUGUCAACCCAGAAGGAAAAUGCGAAUAUAAUGCGAAUAAAAACAAUUCUGAUAACAGCUGCUUGCAAAGAAAUGAAGUGGUAAAUGCUUCUGCCAAAGAGAUAGAUACAAAGAAACCACCUGAAACGAACGGUUUAGGACGAGGCGAUCUUGAUGCGAAACUAGCGGGAAACUCGACUUCUGGUACCCCGUUAGGAUUAGAGCAGCCUGGGCAGCUCUGGCCACAAGACGUGCGGGAGCUCCGUAAGAAAGGAGCGUGGCAUCUACGCAAGCUUCGCACAAACUCCACGGAGAGCAACAAGAGCACGCGCUCAAGGGAAAACUCGCCACACAAAAAGAACUCGGGCAGCGAAAACUGUUCGAGCUUACCAGAAUUCGACAUACGGGCAGGAGCCGGAAAACUUAAAGAAACUGGAGAGAAUCACCUGUCUGUAUCGAAACACGAAAUCAUUAGAGAUGUGUCAAUCAACAGUUGGAGCCAGGUAGUCAUUCAAGAGGAGGAGGAGGAGUGUUCCCAGGAUCCUUUGCUCGCCUCGUCCUUACAUCCGGGGUCCGGGGUCACGCCUGCGCAGAGCCACCCGUCCUGGAGGCAUGACAGUCUAGCGUCGGAGCCGUCGGACCGGCUGAAGUGGGACGACUCUCGGCACGGCAGCGCCACCUCCGAGCAGCUCUCGCUCAGGUGGGACUCCCGCCAGGAGAGCGUCGCGUCCACCGGGCCGCUCUUCAGCGGCUGGGCGGAGGACUCGACCAGUUCGCGCGGGGAGGAGACGGACGCGGUCCCGGAGCUGAUCACCAUGGGCCGCCGGGCGGUGAAAAGUAAACUCCUGUGGCACACCGCGCUCACCAGGCUCACACAGGAGAUGCAGAAAGAUGGAACGGUGGUUUCGCCAAGCAAGAAGAUUUCAGUCAGCGGUGAAUACAUACAGGAAAUCAACAAGAAGAUCUCCACCUGCACCACCAGCUUCCCGGCAACAAAGGUUCAUCCCGAUGUCGAGAGCUCGGAAGGAGGGAACGAGGGAAGAGCUGGUGAAAAAGACGGCGUCGCCAACCCGCCAAAUUUCUUCAACCACGUCGGCUACAUCUACCGCGGAGUCAUCAUACCGACACUAAACAACGCCUUCAACUCAGAAGAGCUAGAGACUCUCUACCAGCACUACUUUCUCAGGCAGCGCCAAAAAUCGCUAAUUUUCCUAAACUUUAUCGACAUUGUCAACUUUAUCGUUACAUUCCUGUUUUACGCCGUCUUUAUAAAAGACAGGUUCACCCUAGCCAAGCAGAUUCUGUUUCCCAUUUUUGUUCUGUGCGAGAUUAUCGUCUGCGCGCUGGUGAAGUGGAGGAAGGGCUUCGCGCGAGGAUACAUGCGGUACGCCGGCCUGUUCACCUGGCUGAUGCUGACCUUGGAGGCCGUGUUACUCCAGGUGGACACAGGCGGUAGCCGUCCGCCGACCUUCCAGGACGGGCUGUGGCAGGGCCUGUUCACGGUGUUGGUGACGUACACGAUGGUCCCCUUCCCCCUGGGGUGGGCCAUUCCGGCAGGGGGGAUGACUUCGCUGCUACACCUGGUCUGCCAGGCGUCCUUGGUCAAGGCAGCGUCGCCGGGAACUUUUGCAAGACAGCUGGUAGCGAACCUGUUGCUGUACGUGUGCGUGAACCUAGCGGGCCUCUACACCAACUACCUGACCGACCGCGCGCAGAGACUCGCCUUCCUGGAGACGCGGAGGUGCAUCGAGUGCCGGGUCAAGAUCGAGAAGGAGAACCAGAGACAGGAGAGACUUCUGCUGUCCAUCCUGCCACGGUUCGUUGCCUUGGAGAUGAUCAACGAUCUGUCCAAUGAGGUGGAAGAUGAGGAGGUGCAGCACCAACAGUUCAGGACAGUCUACAUCCACAGAUACGAGAACGUCAGCAUCCUGUUCGCGGACAUCCGGGGCUUUACGGACUGGUCGGCACGGUCCACUGCGCAGGAGGUGGUGAAGACGCUGAACGAGCUUUUCGCGCGGUUUGACAAACUAGCAAAGGAAAACAACUGCCUGAGAAUCAAGAUGCUCGGGGACUGUUACUUCUGCGUGGCAGGGUUACCAGACCCGCGGCCUGAUCAUGCGCACUGCUGUGUAGAGAUGGGCCUACAAAUCAUCAAGGUCAUCAGGAGAGUCCGAGAGUCGAGGAAGGUUGAUCUGGACAUGCGCAUUGGCAUUCACUCCGGCUCCGUACUCUGCGGCGUAUUGGGCCUGCGCAAGUGGCAGUUUGAUGCUUGGUCCAAUGACGUGGAUCUAGCCAAUCAGAUGGAGUCUAGUGGGCUGCCUGGGAGAAUCCACGUCUCGGAAACCACCCGAAGGUGCCUCGGGUCUGAUUACGAGUUUGAGGACUACAGCGGCGGGGAGAGGUCCAAGUUACUCCGAGAGAAGGGUAUGCGGUCUUACCUCAUCAAGGCCAUCGACGAGGGGCUUCUGAAACCAACCUCCAAUACUGAGCUGUCUCCCGCGAAGGUCCGGCCGUCGGUCCACACCCAGGACAGCAUCUCCAGUAUCGCCUCCUCCAUCCAGCGGGACUUCCGGGGUCGGACCUUCUCCAUGACGCCAUCAGAAUCCUCCUGGAGCGCCGAGAUGCCUUUCUCCAACAUUCUAGGGUUUAAGAGCAACAGGCACGGGUCCUUCUCCGUGCACGGUACCCUGGCCCUGCUGCCGUACGGGCUGGCCAAGUGUCUGCCGGUGAAGCGCGGCGUGAGCGAGGAGGUUCACCGCCUCAUAGAACACUCCAUCGAGGUCCGGUCCAGCGACAGGAUGAGCAAAGAACACAUCUCCAGGGCCACGCUCAGAUUCAAGGACCCAGAUGUAGAGGAGAAGUACCACCAGUUAAGAGAUGAAGUCAUCAAGUCCAACAUCUCCUGUGCCUUCGUCAUCCUUGUCUUCAUCGCCUUCGUGCAGCUCUGUAUAAUCCCGAGAACGUACGUGUUGGCGAUCGUCCUGCUCAUGUCCCUGUUUGUCUACGUCAUCGUCUUCAUCAUCUUCAUGGCGGAGGAGUUCAAGCGCUGCUCACGGCGCAUGCGCCAGCUGUCCUGCUGGUUCCACGAGACUCUGGUGGCCCGCAACAGUCUGGUGGUCUGCGCAAUCGCAGUCAACUUCAUGGCGCCCAUCUCAAACGUGUUUAUAUGUGACAUCAGCACCCCAUCUAACGUGACUGGGACGGAGAUCAACCCCGAUAGCAUGCAGUGCCACUUACCACAGUACUUUUUCUUGUGCGGAAGCCUUGGGUUCUGCACAUGCGCAGUGUUCCUGCACCUGAACUUCCUGGUGAAGCUGUCUGCAGUACUGGCGAUGGCCCUGGUGGAGGCGCUGCUGAUACAAGUCUCACACGGCGGGCUCUUCUACAGAUACGACCAGAUCAUGUACCAGGCGAACGGUGGAGACGGGGCGUUGGUGGAGCUGACGUGGGUGACUGUGGUUGCCAUGGUGAUGUUUCUGUUAGCAGUGUUCUACCACGGUAGACAGCUGGAAACAAACGCCAGACUAGACUUUCUAUGGAAGUUACAGAGUAAACAGGAGCUUGACGACAUGAGUGACCUGAGAGAACACAACAAACAGCUGCUCCAGAACAUCUUACCUGAACACGUCGCACAGUAUUACAUGGAGAGGGAACGGGAGGACGAGGAGCUGUAUUCCGAAGAUUACGACAACGUGGCCGUCAUGUUCGCCUCCAUUCCGAACUUUGCCGAGUUCUACUCGCAGACGUUCCACCAGGGGAUCGAGUGCCUUCGUCUUCUCAACGAGAUCAUCGCAGACUUUGAUGAGCUGCUCGGGGAGAAGAGAUUUGCGGAAAUUGAAAAGAUCAAAAGUAUCGGCAGUACCUACAUGGCAGUGUCUGGACUCAGCAACAAGAACAAGGAGUGCAGUGACAAGUACAGUCACCUGGUGGCGCUCGCAGACUACGCGCUGGCCAUGCAGCAAGUCCUGGAGGACAUCAACACACAUUCCUUCAACAACUUCAGACUCAAGAUAGGUCUAACUCACGGCCCGGCGGUUGCCGGAGUGAUCGGCGCCCGGAAACCACAGUACGACAUCUGGGGCAAAACCGUCAACCUGGCCAGCAGGAUGGACAGCAAUGGAGUCACCGGCAAAAUACAGGUCCCACAGGAGACCUACGCUAUCCUAGUGACUCGAGGGUUCAAGUUCGAGUGCAGAGGCGACAUCCACGUCAAGGGGUUCGAGGAUAAAAUCCGGACGUACUUCCUGGUCGGUAAGGACAAGUGCUACAGCAGGUUAUCCGGAAUUCCGGUUUCCGGGCUGAAGAGAACCGGUGCAGCCCACACGACUCUGGCUACAAUCGUGUGCGGGUUAGUUCGCUCCAAACACGCUCAAGCCAAACGGAGCCUGGAAGCCGAGAAACGAAAAGCGGAAGAGAAAAGCAGACACUCCGCGCCCAUCAUCACCACAGACUCACCCGCCUUUAACGGCCAUACCAGAUUACCCAACAUUCCCCACGAGCACGUGACGAGGCCCACCCUCGACCUGCCGCAGGGCACGCCGGGAUUACAAAUGACUCCUCUGCCACCAAUCAGAAGAAAGCCCGGCGUUGUGGAGAUCACGACUUCCGGAGUAUAAACUAUUUCUGUACGACUUGAACUUCCAACACAUAAGAAAAUUGGGACUUACCCAAAUUUUCGGUUAACUCCGUCGAUCAGCCUUUGGACCCGUCUACCUCCGGGACGUGACGUCGGAACACGUGAGGGCCAUGCGUGCCGGAUAACCUGUGUCUCCCCCCGUCUCAAUUUUCGUAUGUUUUGGAAAAUAAAAGUUUAGCCAUUCGUCAUGUUGAUGAAGUAUAUCAACACAGAUAAACUUUCGUGCUAAAACAAUUUCUGUGUUGUGAGUCUCUUGAAACGUGACUGAUGAUUUUUGGUAGCUAUCACUGUCUUUGAUACAAAGUUUAUCAUCAAGCCUUCGACGCCAUAAACAUCGUGCAAACUUGAGCAAGUGCAGAAUCGAAUCUCCAAGCAGAUGUUGGAUGGAGGAUCGUAACGUUUU